CAGGCAUGCAUUGAUUCAAAAUUAUUAAACUCCCGAACUGCUGAUGAAGCUUACUUUAGAUCUAGAAAAGUCUUAGCAGGAAAUAUAAUUCUGGUGUGGAAUUGGGUGGAUGACACAGUGGGUGAAAGCAUCCAGCUCAGCAAAAUCUGGAUUGGCUGGAGUUGCAGGGUCAGAAGGGUCGUCAAGAGUCAACCGAGUAUCUUUCUAAUCAUAAUCUCUGUCCUUGUGUGUGGCAACCGGACAGAAAGAAUUUGUGUUUGUAUUCCAUGGCGGAUUCUGCACAUAAACUGCCUUUGACUUUGGUUACCUCCGGCUACAGAGACAGCGUAUCAGCGGGGAUGACCGAAGAGAAGCCCAAGAAGAAAGCUUUUUACCUGGUCAGAAUUAAACCUAUGAAUAACACGGAGCAUGCUAACAACAACAACGUGUCAUUCGUGAUUCAUUGCCAGAUAGGCAAAGAGAUCAAGCACAUUUGCAGCAACUGCAGCCGUGGGAAAGAAGCGCAGAAUGCUGAGGAAGUAGAAAGACUGGCUGCAAUGCGUUCAGAGUCCCUUGUCCCCGGAACCCACACUCCCCCAAUAAGGAGAAGAAGCAAGUUUGCCACCAUAGGCCGACUCUUUAAGCCCUGGAAAUGGAGGAAGAAGAAGAGUGAGAAGUUCAAGCAGACCUCUGCAGCACUAGAAAGAAAGAUAUCAAUGAGGCAAAGCAGGGACGAGCUGAUCAAGCGGGGAGUGCUGAAAGAAAUAUUUGAAAAAGAUGGGGAGAUCCCAGUAACAAAAGAAGACAGGGAGCUAGAGAAGGGGCAGUCACCGAUACCCAUUCCUCAUAUGUUAGAGUGUGAAGCAGGAGACCAUACCUAUGAGAUGAUUCCCAAUACAGAGUGCAUGGAUGGGACAGUCUCUGAAGACUUCCAGAUGUCUCUUGAGGCUGGAGUAUUCCCUCAGGAUCCUUCACUGAAGCCAGUCUUGGUUUUGCCGCCUAAGAAAUCUGUGGCUUUCUCUGGUGACCAUCAGGACACCCCAGUGAAAAAAACACCUUUUCUCAAGCAGCCCCCUGCACUGCCUCCAAAACCUCUUUCCAGGAUUCCAAACCAUAUAACUGACUCAGGCCAGCCCAUCAAACUGCCCUGUAUGCCGGGAAAGCUGUCUCCUCCACUACCUCCAAAGAAGGUGAUGAUCUGUGUUCCACCCUGGGGCAUGGACCCCACCUUCAAUUCCUACUCACAGAUGUGCUCUCAGCAGUCCCUGGCACAGCACCACCACUCCAUACUGCCAUCCCAGCUUGCUGCCCAUCAGCACCAGCUACAGUAUAGCGGGCCAAUCCCACUCCAUCAGCCAGUAGCUCCCAGCAGGGUGAUAGAGGAGCUCAACAAGACCUUAGCCUUGACGAUGCAGAGGCUAGAGAGCUCUGGUUUACAUGCAGGGCAAGGAAGCAUUGUUGAUGGGAAACAAGUGCCAACUGUGGUGAUAGAGUGUGACGAUGAUAAAGAAAAUGUACCGAAUGAAUCUGACUACGAGGAUCUACCCAGCAUGUACAGGGACGAGCAGGAUGAGGAUGAGGAUGAUGACGAUGAUGACGACGACGCCUUCUUUACAAGCUCUCUGGCAUUGAAGGUGUGCAGGAAAGAUUCGUUGGCAAUCAAACUCUGCAAUCGGCCUUCCAAACAAGAACUGGAAGAGAAGAACAUCAUCCCCAUGCAGACCGAUGAGGAAAGGCUGGAGCUGAGGCAGCAGAUCGGGACCAAGCUAACACGACGAUUAAGUCAGAGGCCAACUGCAGAAGAAUUGGAACAGAGAAACAUUCUCAAACCGAGGAAUGAUCAAGAGGAGCAGGACGAAAGGCGAGAACUCAAAAGAAGGUUAAGCCGAAAGCUGAGUCAGAGGCCUACAGUAGAGGAGCUGCGAGAAAAGAGGAUCCUGAUCCGCUUCAGUGACUAUGUGGAGCUGGCCGACGCACAAGACUACGACAGGCGUGCAGACAAGCCAUGGACACGGCUAACAGCGGCUGACAAAGCAGCUAUCCGGAAAGAGCUCAAUGAAUUCAAAAGUACUGAAAUGGAGGUGCAUGAGUCAAGUCGGCAUUUAACAAGGUUUCAUAGACCCUAGAAGUCUGCUGUAAGAAGAAAUGCCAUAUGGGCUUUUUAUUUUCACAAAGAACCUUAAGUGCUGGAAUUACAAUAGGUGCCCAUGUCUACAAUAAGGCCAGACGUCUUCUGAAUUGCCUUUUUUUCUAAAUACAACCAGUAUAUCCUUUAAUAUUAUGUAAAAAAAAAAAAGACUACUGUUGGUACUCCCACACAUACUAAUAUUCAGGAGUCCCUGACAGAAGCAGGGAACAGAUAAUGUGCCACAUCCACCAACGACUGGCUCUGCUGACUUUUUGAAUGUCUUGCUCCAUCAUAUUAAGUAUACAUGUGAGUUUGUCUAAUCAGUCUCAUCAGCGCAACGUUUGUGAAGCAAAACCUCCCUCUCCUUGAAAUCAUCAUGCGCUACAUGCUUUGCCCAGCUAUGUUUAGUAACAGACCGUGUUUGGCUCUUCAGUAUCCUCCAUCAAAGGGUCAGAGCCUGUGUUUAAGGAGGGAUGGCAGUGUCUUAGAACUCAGUAUUAUCACACAGUUCUCUUUUUUUCAAUGUCGCUAGAAGGAUUUCCAUGCACUGUUUGAAGUCUUGUACAUUAUAGAUUAAUUGUUCCUUACUAACAUUACAGGUAAAGUGUGAUUGGCUUGAAUUACACAAUUCAGAAAUAAUGAUAACCAUAACGAUAAUAAUAAUAAUAAUAAUAAUAAUAAUAAUAAUAAUAAUAAUAAUAAUAAUAAUAAUAAUAAUAAUAAUAAUAUUUAUUGCUAACUGUGAAUUGAAAGUGCAGACAACUUGUUUGUUUGCCAGUGUUUCUGUAUAUUGUGUUUAUACUACUGUCCUGUUCAAUUAUCCUAACAAUUUAAUAUAUUCUUGGAGGGUCUUUGGAAGGAGAACACUGGGUGCUAUAUUUGAAACUGGUUUAAAGGAGAGUGCCCUAUUUAUUAAACUUUUACUCAUUUGUUUUACAGUUUGUUGUUUCAAAAUCACUUGUUUUAUUAAAAAAGUUUGUUUGGUGUUCUUUUAAUGAAAAUAAACUCAAGCAAAGGUUUUAUGAAUAGAG